AUGGAACGCCUCAAUGAUGAACCAAGUGCCAGCAGCACUGAAGCUAGCUCUCAAAAACGAAGCUCCAAUGGCCGUGGCGGUGCCGGUGGUGCGGCGGCCAGCGAUGCUGCCAGAAACCGAUCAUGCUUUUCGUGGUGUCCCUUUGGAAGCAGAGGGCGGAACAGCGGUGACCGCCCUCGUUCAGGAACAAAUGCUCCACUGGAAAACCGAAUUGUGCACGUAACCGGCACACACCGUGCAUUUCUCGACAACAGUAUCACCACAGCAAAGUACAACAUUUUGAGCUUUCUGCCCAAGUUUCUCUUUGAGCAAUUUCGCCGCUACUCGAAUAUAUUCUUCCUCUUCAUUGCUCUGAUGCAGCAAAUACCUAAUGUUUCGCCAACAGGACGCUUCACCACUGCAGUGCCACUGAUUGUCAUCAUGUUCGUGUCGGCUAUUAAGGAGAUGUUUGAAGAUGUAAAGCGACACAGAGCAGACAAUCAGGUCAAUACGACUGAAGCCGAAGUUGUGAAUCGGUUUACUGGGUCAGUGGUGAAGACAAAGUGGAAGGACAUUUCAGUGGGCGACAUUGUUGUCAUGAAGCAAGAUCAGUUCUUUCCAAGUGACUUAGUGCUCAUUUCAUCGCACGAACCAAGUGGUUUGUGUUACAUCGAAACUUCAAACUUGGAUGGUGAAACUAAUUUAAAAGCACGCUCGUCUUUGCAAGUCACCGAUCCAAUAUGCUCUCGACAACUUCCAAAUGCUAAAAAAGAGAUCGACUACGUGGCCACUUGUGGAAGCGCCUUGAUGACGGCCACCAUUGAAUGUGACGCUCCCAAUAAGAUGCUUUACGAGUUCUGCGGAAAACUAAAGAUUAACUCUGACGAGCACCCCAUUGGCCCAGAGAACAUUCUGCUGAGAGGCGCCAAGAUGCGCAACACUGAAUGGGCACUCGGAGUGGCCAUCUACACGGGCCACGAGACCAAGCUGAUGAUGAACUCAAUGGCACAAGCACCACUCAAACAGUCACACGUAGAGAUUAGCACAAACAGACAAAUUUUAGCACUGCUUGGCAUUCUCAUUGUCAUCUGCCUGAUCUCUGCUGGUGCAUCUGCCUGGUGGAUGCACGUCAAUCCGAACCACUGGUAUUUGUCUGAACUGCAGUCUGAUGCAUCAGCCAACUUUUUCCUCACCUUGCUCACUUUUAUCAUUUUGUACAACAAUUUAAUACCCAUUUCACUACAAGUCACCCUGGAAAUGGUUCGGUUUAUACAAGCACACUUUAUUAACUGUGAUCUGGAAAUGUACUGCGAAGAGACGGACACGCCAGCCAUGGCCCGUACUUCUAAUCUGAACGAAGAAUUAGGACAAGUUCGGUACAUUUUGUCUGACAAAACGGGCACUUUGACUCGUAAUGUGAUGGAGUUCAAGAAGUGUUCUAUCAACGGACGGAUAUUUGAUGAAAAAAAGUUUUAUCGAUUAAUUGAAAUGAUCCGCAAGAAGGAAGAAGACUGGCAAAAAGUGCGGGAAUUUUUAGUUUUGCUGUCUGUUUGUCACACAGUCAUACCCGAGCCUUCGAAGAAUGCCGAAAAUGGCUCUAGAUUUGUGUACACAGCUUCUAGUCCUGAUGAGGCGGCACUGGUGAAGGGUGCACAAAAGAUUGGAUUUGAGUUUCUUCAACGCACCCCACGCCAUGUGCUGAUUGACGCCAUGGGCUCAACGGAAAAAUAUGAAAUUUUGAAUGUUCUCGAAUUCAACUCUGAUCGAAAGCGCAUGUCAGUAGUCGCGCGAACUCCAGCUGGCAAGUUGAAGCUAUACAUAAAAGGAGCCGACUCAAUUAUCCAAAAGCGUCUGACUGCUGAAUCGCAGUUGGAGUUUGAUGCUAUCGAAGUGGCGCUCACUACAUUUGCUACCGACGGCUUGCGAACUCUGUGCGUUGCCUACGCCGACCUGACUGAAGAGGCGUACAGCGACUGGGAACGCCGAUACAAACAAGCACUGCUAAUGUCAAAAAAUGGAACUGCCACUGACGCGAAUGGAAGAACACGGGAGGAGGCAAUCAACGAAUUAAUGUCUGAAAUUGAGUCUAAUCUGAGCUUGCUCGGUGUAACUGCAAUUGAGGACAAGUUGCAAGUUGGAGUUCCGGAUACAAUUGAAACCCUAAUGCUGGCAGGAAUUAACGUGUGGAUGCUGACUGGUGAUAAGCAAGAAACAGCUAUCAACAUUGGCUACAGCUGUCGACUGCUAAAGAACACGCAAGCACUAGACAGCUACCACAUAAUCAACGACGAUACCAUGGAUCUGGUGCGCGAGUCAAUCGCCCAGGGUGACGUUAAAAUUCGAGCACAUCCAGAGGAUUUUACUCUAAUCAUUGACAAUAAAUCUCUUGGAUUUGCACUAAAGCCCCAACUUCAAUCAUCAUUCAUGGACGUAGCGUUGAAGUGUCGAUCAGUCAUUUGCUGUCGUGUUUCACCGGCGCAAAAAGCAGAGAUUGUCAAUGCUGUCAAGAGAUCAACCAAAAGCAUCACAUUGGCCAUUGGCGAUGGAGCCAACGAUGUCGCCAUGAUUAGAGCUGCUAAUGUGGGCGUUGGUAUUUCGGGUCGUGAAGGUCUUCAAGCAGUAUACUCCUCCGACUACUCUAUUGCCCAGUUUCGCUUUCUAGCCAGGUUACUGCUAGUUCACGGUUCCUGGUCACUGUCGCGCGUUUGCAAGUUGAUCCUCUACUCUUUCUACAAGAACAUUGCCCUCUACGUCAUUGAACUGUGGUUCGCCACCAUUUCCGCGUGGAGCGGUCAAGCAAUCUUUGAACGAUGGUCACUGUCCUUCUACAAUGUCCUCUUCACUGCCGCACCCCCUCUGGUCAUUGGACUUUUUGACCGAGUAUGUUCAGCGGAAAUAAUGCUAAAUAACCCCAAGCUGUACAGUGAACAGUGGAACACCUUUAGCAUCAAACUGUUCUGGCUGUGGGUCGCCUCCGCCAUCUGGCACUCUCUGGUUCUCUUCUGGGGCACGUACUUUUCCUUUAGCCAUGAUGCACUGUGGGCUAAUGGCAAGGCUGACGGUGGCUACCUCUGCUUCGGAAACAUUCUCUACACCUACGUCGUGGUGACGGUCUGCUUGAAGGCAGCUCUUGAGACUUCCUGCUGGACCAUUAUCACGCAUGCUGCCAUUUGGGGCUCGAUUGCUGUGUGGUUCAUCUUUGUCGUAAUCUACUCUCGACUUUGGCCCACCAUUCCAUUUGGCGCUGAAAUGGCCUCCAUUGAUACGAUCAUAUUCUCUACGUGGUUAUUUUGGCUGGGCAUGGCAGUUAUUCCUUUCUCCGCUUUGCUGGUGGACAUUGUGGCCAAGUUAGUCCAGCGAACUUGUUUCAAAACUUUAGCUGACCAGAUCACCGAGUUUGAGCUGGCCAAGUCUUACCAGCAGCCUUCUUUUGGAGAGCGUGCUCGACUUGUUCUGAAUCACAUACUGCCUGGACAUCGAAGAAACGACGCCGGCACAACACCCAUUCAUACCUCAACUGGUGCCGGACCCAGUGAACUUUCCGACACACCGGACAUUGAAAUUGCCCCAGAAAGUGCAUCUUCAGAUGACUUUCAACCUCAGCCAGAUAAUGCUGAGCUACUUAGAUCGGAUUUUAAGCAAAUGAGGUUUGGCUCAUCUGAUGCAGAGAUUGACGCCAAGCAUGGAUAUUCAUUUUCGCAAGAGGAAAGCAACCCUGAAGACUUGGAUAGACCUCUCUCACAGUCAAAUUUAAUUCGCCAAUACAAUACACGAAU